CGGAAAUCCUCAAGUUUGUUUAUGUUGAAAAUUUGGUAUAUGGUGAAAUAAUUUAAGUGAUAUCUAUUUAUCUACCAUCUAACUAUUCAUAGAAAAGUAGAAAUCAAAUACAUUUCUUACCUCUUGCCCUUGGAUUAUGAAUUAUAUUUUUGAUCUUAUUUUAGAUGAUACUUUGUAGAAACUAUAUAAUUUUAAAGAUCUAACAAGGUUCUGUGGAAAAAAUGGAUAGGGGAAAAUCCACGCAGGGCACAAGAGGCCCUAAGUCUAAAUUAACUCAGCAGCUACCAGAUUCCUUUAUUGCGCUUGGAGCUAAACCAGGAACAUCACGAGAUGAUCCCAAAAGGACUAUACCUUUGCCAAAGAGCUCGGUUGGGUCUACAAGCAGUGCUCCCACAGACAAAUUGAAACGCGAAGGUACCAGUUCCAAUCUUGCAGUGCCUCCUUCAAAAAAACUUAAGGUGGGUUUGACAGGAGUAUCUAGAUCUGGAAUCAUUGGGACUUCGGGCUCAAGUUUACUUCCCAUUGACCGUAUGACAGGAGGUGGAACUCCUAGUGUGGAACCCUGGGAAAAUCUAGCGAUCGAGUGUGAUGCGAACGAUAUUUUUGAUAAGAUCAUGCAAAGUUUGCAAGCAGAUAAUAUAGACAAAACUACUGGUUACGUGUUGGGAAUAAUCAAAGGCCUACGUUCCAUUAAAUCCAAGCCCUGUAAAAUAACAUGGUCCGCCUUACUUUCUGUAGCUAGUAUUCGGCCAGAAAUAUUUACCAGUGAAAAUGUGGUCAAUGCCAUGGCCCAUGUGUUAAGACGCGACAUUGUUGCUGGUGCCAAAGGGAUGUAUAAGAGCAACUCCCAUGUGCAUCAGAUAUUGCUUAACUUGAUAUGCCAUGCUUUUAAUGAUAAAGAUGACUGGCCCGAAAUAUUUGUGAAGCUUUAUGUUGAAGAUGCAACUGGUGAUAGAGUAAUUAUUGAUAGUCCGUUUGCCAAACCGUUUGUGGACAAUGUAACAGCAGCGUUUCAUACAAAGGUGCCACCUUCUUCUCUGCUCAAAUCGGAAACUUCCAGUUCGGCUGCUAGAGAUACAUCUAGCCCUUUGACAAUUAAUAUCUUGGAUGACGAUGAUGGUGCAGCAGAACAAAAGCAAGUAGUCGAAAAUUGGCAAAUAAAAACUACUUCCAGAUACAUUCAUACACAGCAAAAAGUGGAACAAAUAGUCUUGGAAGCCAUCAAAGAAAUAUUAGCUAGAAGACAACAGCCCGAAAAUAUAAGCAAGAACUUUGUCAGACUCCUAAGUACAGCCUGUGGCUUGAAUGAAAUGAGAAUCAUUGGAGUAUCCCGUAUAGAAGCCUGGUUGCACAACCACAAACUGAUGAAACCCGCCCAAGAGCUGUUGGCUUAUUUGUGCUACAAUUGUUCAGCAAGUUCACCUAGAGACUUAGAAGUUAUUGCCCAAUUGAGCAAGUUGAGACUUAAAAAUAAGCAAAUGGUUAAUUAUUUUAAUAAUUGUCUGCGGGAAAUGGUAAUGUCGUUUCAGGAGAAUUUGUUUCCGCUUCUGAAGUAUACUAUCUAUAAUGAGUUGAGUAAUGCAAGGAAUCCGAAUAAUUUGAUUGUUGUUGGAGCUUUGUUCCAGGUUAAGCCUGAUCAUGCUGCUGAAGCUUUGGCAGAUAUUUUUUGGGAACUAUUAUUGAAUAAAGAUGACUAUCACCGUUCACUGAGGGUCCUUCUCAAAGAAAUAAAUCGAGUGCUCAGGCACGAUUUCAAUCUUCUCAACGUUGUGCACGCAUUAUUACGCGAGCGCAAAGAAUUGGUGCCGACAAUGAGAGAACAUGAACAUCGCGAAAGAAUGUUCCAUGCUCUAGUUGACUUAUCUACCAUGUGCAUGCUUUUAUGUGUGAGUGCUCAAGUUAGAGAUGCCGCGACUCAAAGUAAAAGGGACUUAACAGUGCUGAAGGCUUUUAAGACCCAGGUGGCCAAUAUUCAGAGGGAGUGCGUUGCGUGGCUGCAGGAUUCGGCAGUGAGGAUGUUUCGGCCAACAAUGCACGAACUUCAUCAUUCUUUAUUAAAGAUUCUAUUUUUGGAACAAGCAGAACACUAUUACAAAAUUGAUUCUUGGCCUGGCGAAAAUGAAAGAAAUCUUUUUUUAAGAUUAGCCAGCGAGGUACCACUAUUGCAAGCCACUUUAUUGCGCGUUCUUCUUAUUGGUUUAUCCAAAGAUCACCCCACAUCUCAAACGGAUAUGAUAGACAUUUUGGAUCAACUAAUCAAACGGGCAGCCAAUUUACCUCAAGAUUGCGGACCAACCUUGAUGAUUGAUAAAGUUGAAAUAUUGGAAUUCUUUUUCAAUUUGUGCAUGUACACUUAUCCUGAUAAUAUUACAUUGCCUCUCACUUAUAAACCUCCUCAAAUGGCGAUUACUACUUUGUAUUGGAAGGUUUGGUUGAUGUUGCUUAUAUUGGCCGCACAUAAUCCAUUAACUAUAGGCAGCAUAGCUUGGAACAAAUAUCCUACUUUAAGAAUGUUUAUGGAAAUGUGCAUAACCAAUUACUUUUCAUUUCCACCACCCACAAUGAUAAAACCAGACGAGGACUAUCAAUCCAAAGAAUUGCAAAUAAUAACUGUUGAAAAACAAAUAAUCCUUGAAUUUGAAACACAUCUAGCCGCGGCCACAAGUCGAACUGAAAUCACUGAAAAAACUAGUUUAUUGUUACCUCAAUUGAUGGAUCUUAAUCCUCCUGGGGAAGCUAGGAGGCCGCCAGCUUAUGUUAUCGAUAUGCUUCAAGCCUUGAACCACAGUCACAGGCUUGGACAUUUACUUUGCAAAUCUAGAUUGCCAGAUUUCCUUUUGGAUAUCAUGUCUCGACAAGGAGGUACAGCGCAUAUGCCCUGGCUAACCGAACUAGUUCACAGUUCAGAAGGAGUUCUAUCUCACUUACCGGUGCAAUGUUUAUGUGAAUAUCUGUUGUCAACAGCCCCAGCCGAAAAACUAACGAAGCACGGUCAAUUAUUGGCUCAUUUAAGACAAGUUGUUAACGAUCCCGAUUCUCAAUCUGCUAAUGAGGUUUUGGAAUACUUAUUUAGGCGUUUAACAUCAGAUCACGCUGCUAGCAGGGUGCAAGCUACAAAAGGUCUAGGCCUGAUUUUAUCGCCUACAGAAGAUGUUGAAAUAACCACAGAGAAUUAUAGUAAUUGGCUGUCGCAUUAUAUACAGCAAUUUGCCCAGUAUAAUCUAAUCAAGCCGCUUUUGGUGCAAUUUUUAAGGCAAGCUUUACAAAUUGAAAGUAAUCCUGUGAUUCUUUCCAGUUAUAUCAAUUUUUUGGCAACACAAAAUUGUUACGAGUCUUUUGCUGAGUUAACUGAAUUGAUUACUGAUUUAUCGUCAGUGAUUAUUGAGCGACAUAGUAUAGCUUCUUACGUUUUACCAGGACCCGAUCAAAUAACUUUAAAAAACCUUUUACAACUUUUUUGUCUGUACACAAUGAAAGCCAGAGAAAACGCUGAAGAAUCUUAUACAAUUCAUGAAGUUUACGAAUACGUUGUCGUUUCUUGGGAAACUGGAGAACAAUGCGGCAUGCAACCUCUACUUAUACAUUCAGCUAUUGUUUUGUUAACAUACGGUCCUUUAAGUAAUUUCGAGCCUUUUAAUAUGCUCCUUAAUAUUUGGUUUCCUCUUAAUAUGGGCCGACCUAGGGCCUACUCUCCUGACACUGCAGAAACGACCUCAUAUUUACCUGAUUGGAUAAAAUUGAGAAUGAUUAGAUCAAAUGUUCCCAGACUGGUCGAUGCUGCUAUAGAAAACUUGGAACCGCCAAAAUUAGUAUUAUUUAUACAAUCUUUUGGUAUUCCUACGACUUCUAUCAAUAAAUUAUUAGCUGCAUUAGAUAAAGCGACGAUUUUGGAUAAAAAAAUAUUGGUGGAUUCCGUUUUGGAUAAAACGUACAUGAUUCAAUUGGUGGAGGUGCAGAAGAAAAGGAAUGCUGUGGGCGGGGAAAUUUUUGUCAAGUCAAUUGAGAUGCAAUUGCCAAUUAUUGAGGAUGUUGAUAUUGGAGUAAAUGUUGGUACUAAAAAACCUCUUCAUAUUGUUGGACAAACCGAAAAAACCAUUGUUUCUGAAAAAGUUUUACAAGAAAAUUUUCAUUUGUUGUUUAAUCCAAAAUUUACUGGUGAUAAGAACAAGAUUAUCCUUAACCUUAUUAAGAAUAUUAGUCUAAAAAAGAACUUAAAGGAUACAUUUUUCAAAAUCAUCAAAGACCUGCCAAUAAAUCUAGUACUACCCACCAUAUUAAAACACAAUUCCUUUUCAACAUUACUUCGUCUGAUAUUUUCCCAUGAUUCAUUUGCAAUAGAUAAACAACUGUUAGCCAAUCAACUGUUGACAGUGAUACCCCACGAAAAUUGCACGAUUAACGUUUUAAGGCAUUACCUAAAAUCUACCAACAGAAUAGAAAAAGUCGAAGAAAGAGAAGUGUCUGGCGAUAUAAUGGAAAUGAUAAUAAAGGAAGAAUUAGUGACCAGUUCAAAGUCUGAAGUGAUACUAAAUUCUCCAGAGAAUUUAGGACAAAAAGUAGUAAAAAUGCUUUUGGAAGAUAAUAUUGCAUUAGAAAAAACUGGUCUAUUGGUUGACUGGCUAUCGAUUUUAGAACUGGAAAUUGCUAAUACAGAAAAAGACAAAUUACAGGUGGAUCUCCUUUUCUCAAGAAAGCAACAUCACUUUCGACCUUUAUUAAUGUCGCUGCUUUUACAAAGGGCCAGUUGGCAGACUUUGCAUAAUUUAAUGACAUUUUUGUUAUCAGGCGAUGCUUUCGAUACAAUUUGUCCUGUGUCAGUUCUAGACUAUCUCACGGCGCUGACAAAAAGUCCCAAAUUAUGGCAAGGUCGUGACAAGGCAGUUCCCAAACAUUCGCACUUGGAAGACGUAUUAAGGCUUGGUGAAAAUCAGGUAAACAUUGUUGUCAAAUACAUACUAGCAGAAGCUGAAUUACAUUCGCUUAGUUGGGAGCAAAAAAUGGAAUCACGGCUUCAGUUACUUCUUAAAUUCAUCAAAGGCUAUGGAACAUCGAUUAUCAAAAACUUGGUCCGAAAUUCAGAGAGAAACGUUUACAGUAGAAAACUCCUACUAAUGACAUAUAUGGCACUACCUUCUGCUGGUCAAGGCAUAAUAGUUCCUAAACCAGAAAUCGCAUCUGAAUUGCUAAGCAUAAAUUGCCCAAGUGCCAUCGAUAAAAUUUCGCAUUGUCUGUUUACUGCUAUGUCUUCAACGCAAGCACGUUCCAAAGAUUUGUUCAAAAAAAGCCGAGAUUUAGAGUUGUGCGCACGUAAACUCGCCGCCACCCACCCUCUUCUAGUGCUACGCCACUUACCAAUGCUCGCAGUGAUUCUGAAAGGCAGAACCCAAUACGAUUGGAACAUAUUGAAAAGCCGAGGACACUUUCUGCUAUUCGGACAAGUUUUAGGGCUAAUUGAGCUGCUACAACCCUAUAUUUUCUUCCAUCCGAACUCCAGCGCCCUGUACGAGUUACUGGAAAGCUUCUUUCAACUGCUUCAGUUUCAUUAUCAGCGAUCUGAGUUAAAUGUUAUGGUCAAGCGGAUAGUUACGUUUAUUCUGAAUUGGAUGGUGCACGAUGUGCGGGGUGGAGCAAAAUUUUUGCACCAUCAUGGUGGAAUUUUGAACGACAUUCAAUUCAAUCAACCUGGUGUACGUCCUCUACUUUCCAGCGUUUCCUUACCAGUGACUGCCGAAGAUACGCCAUCAAAUCGAAUUCUAGUGGGAGCAGUAAAUCCUCCAACGCAAGAAACAUAUCCAGAACGAUGGCAACAUUAUAUUACUGGGCUUUCAUCUUCUGAUAGGCUAAAUUCACUUCAAGAAAUUGACCAACUCACGAAGUCCCGACCGCAGUUAUUAGAAAGUGUCUCGCAAAAUUUGUACAGUUUACUUGAGUCUCCGACAGGCGCAGUGCGAACUUUGGCACUCGUACUGGUAAUUCGAUGGUUGAAAUACAAUCCAAAAGCCUCUUCCGAAGCUUUACCAACAGUCUUGUCUUGUCUGAACAGUGAAAAUGUGGCGGUUGUUGCGACGUUGCUGGAAAAACUUCCCGAAUUGGUCACUCUGAUGCAGGAAUACGGAAAAGUUAUUUUGGCCAAAGUUUUUCAGCUUGGCACCAAUUCGGUUUUAGACACGACCAGUAGCAUAACAAAAACUAUUGAUUUGUUAAAUUUACAGUAUGGUUAUUAGGUUUAGUCAGUAGUCUUAUAAGAUAUGUAUUAACUUUGAUAAAAAUGAUUGAAAUAGAUUUUAAUUUAGACUU